AUAAAAAUUUGGGGAGGGAGAGAAGGGUCAUUAUGGGGUUUGGAGGAGAUCCCUUGAUAUCUAUUUUCUGUAAUAGUAUAGCCGCGCUUGUAUGACCUUUUCUCUCUUUGCUGCUGUUUUCGAUGCUGCGCCCCACAGACAGUAACAACAACAACAGUCAAGGCACCAUGCGACACAUUCGACCACGAACAACAGCAGAACUCAACAAACUUGCCACCAUCCACAUCAACCCUCAAAUUAACAUUAAGCACUACUUUCGUUCAGCAGACAUUUUAAUCAAACAAGCACGAGUCUAUUUUAAUGAAGGCGAUUAUGAAAACGCGUACAUUCUCUUUUUAAAAUACACAAAUUUAGGGUUGACUGAACUUCGUCGACAUCCUUCCUAUAAAGCUGCUGAGCAUAAGCGACAAAACAAGAUUAUUAAACUGAACUGUCUCGAAGCUUUGGAUGCUUUAGAGACGUUGAAACCUCAAUUGGAUGAAGCGUAUGUAGAACACUUGGCAGGCAUCAAUGAUAAUAAUGAAACAUCACGGGAACCAGCUAUUUCUGUCGAUCGGAAACAGCCAAGACAAUCGCAGCAUGGUGAAAAGACACAAGUGGACGAAAAGACUCAGGUGGACGAGAAAACCAAUGGUGGAGAAGAGGAAAAAGAAAAAGAGAAACCAAAACAGCAGCAAGGCACCGAGACAUGGUCUAUGCAAAAUGCAUUACGAGGCGUGGUCGGCGUUGGUAACAAAACGGCAGCAACCAAUGAACAACAACAGCAACUGAACAACACGUCAAACCCUCCUGCUCAGGCACAAUACCCGUCAAGCACAUUUUAUAAUCAAAGUGACAGCUUUAAUUAUGUCAAAUCACCUUCACCUUCCGCACCUCCUUACGCACCUCCAUUACCGCCAAAACCAGCUGUUGAUGUACCGGAACCCCAAAUCAAACCUGCAUCCGUACCACCAUUACCGCCAAAAAUUAAGGACGAGGCGCCAUAUGCAAAGGAAGAUCAGUAUGUGCCAGAGCUGCCGCCAAAGAUUGGAUUGGAUGAGCAAGAAGAAACACAGAGUGGGCCAGCAUCAACGACAGAAGGUGGCAUGCCAUUACGAUAUCUAUACCUUCCCAACGCGCUUCAAGAAGAUUUCCUUCGUAUAGCGCACAGCAAUACCGCCAGAAACAUCGAGACGUGUGGGAUACUAUGUGGUACACUCAAAAACAACGUUCUACGUGUGACAACCAUGAUUAUUCCAAGACAGUCAGGCACGCCGGACUCGUGUACCACCGAGAAUGAAGAAGAACUGUUUGACUAUCAGGACUCGCACGAGCUUCUUACUUUUGGAUGGAUACACACCCAUCCGUCACAAUCAUGUUUUCUAAGCUCCUUGGACCUACAUACGCAUUGUUCAUACCAAAUCAUGUUGCCAGAAGCUGUAGCUAUCGUUUGUGCUCCGAAGCAUGAUCCAAGUUAUGGUAUAUUUCGCCUGACCGACCCACCAGGGCUCCCACUUAUCACCAAUUGUAAAGCCGAAGGUGCUUUCCAUCCACAUCCGGAUGAGCCGAUAUAUACGGACACGCAUAAUGAUACAGGGCAUGUGCGGAUCAAGGAGUAUUCUUAUAAAGUGGUUGAUCUACGGGGGUAACAGUAGUUAGUAGUAGCAGUUAAUACCCAGUAGUAGGGCAAUGCAUUUUGCACAAAGGUCAUACAAGAAUAAUGGUGUGUGCAGUCGCACAGCCUCCUCCCACCCUCCCUUUGUUGCAUGCACUCCAAUACACAUCUAAAGUCAUGAUCCGUAUA